UUUCUAGGUGGCACACUGUCGGUGAUAACUCGACAGAAAAGAAAAUUUUAUGUGACAUCAGUAUCAAAAUAGAUGCGCCUCUGAUUCAAUCAGACACACUUAAGAGAUAUUCAACAUGUAGUACUAUGUUAUAUCAUUACAGUUUGCGACGAAGAUAUUAAAUCUGUGAUGUAAUAUAAUUAGCACUGAUUUUACAUGACAAAGAAUGACUUUGUUACAAUGCGGAUAGUUUUGUUUGAUUCAGAAUGAUAGAAAACCUAUAGACAUCGCAUUAUGAAAACUUUAAAAACUCGCCAAAAAAAGGAUGUUUCAAACGUUUUUGACCAUCAGUGUGAGGCGUAUAAUUUUUGAAUGGAAGAAAAUAAAAAUUUCGGGUUUGUGUAAAAUUGUAGAUCUUCAGCUGGCGAAUCUAAUGUAUGCACUAAUUACAAUUGAAAUUCCAUACAACUUUUAUAGCACUUAAAUACUUCUUUGAAUUUUAUUGACUGCUCAUCAGAAUCAUAAGGUGGCUCUUUUAACCAUCUAUAGGAAGAUGCAUAAUGCUCGCCUCUAUCGAAUGAUGAAAACCACAGACCAAUAGCUAUUUCCGUUAAAAAGUUAUUCAAAAAACAAUCACCCUUCUUCUAUUUUGAAAUGGAUAAUAGGCAUGAAUCAAAAAGCUUGAUUUCAGUUACUUGAAUGUAAUUCUUCAAGGUCGAGGAAAUGAGAAUUUGAGUAGGUCACAAGGUAUCUUGCAUUUGUGGACAAUGACAAAGAAUAAUGAGGAAUCCGCUGAUCGGAAAGUUUUUUCAAAAGUCAAGAAGUAGAAUGAAAAUAGUUUACUUCUGCUCAUAUCUAGUUACGAUACAUGACAAUUAACACGUCGGAGCAGCACACAAAUUGAAAAAGAACUUUCUAAAAUUGAAAACUAAUUCCAUCAUGUUUAAUAUUAAAAUCUUGAUGAUAGUUCGUUUUUUUUUCUAUUCUUUGUCUAUUUCAAUAUAAUUUAAUUAGAAAAAGAAGCUGUACGUCAACUUAUCACAGCAGCAAUCAAAGGUCUUGAAGAAAAUGGUCGUAUUCAAACUACUAGUAGUAAUAAUUUGAAUGAAAGCGAAAAAGCAGUUCAAGUAAACAUGGAUUCAUUUGGUUCAUUAUUAGCAAACAGAUAUCAUCAAGUAUCAUCA